GUGAUUUGUUUAUUCUUUCAGAUUUACCUUGGUCCCCACGAGUUGAAGCAUCCCUGAUGUGAAUCAUCGAUGCACCACGUCCUCUGUGCGACCCUAUUUAUUGUCAUUAUCAAUGUGCACUUAACUUCGACUCAAUUAAAUAUUAGGAAAAUCCAACACAACGACAACACCCGCCGACAACAGCAGAGAAAUCGAAAAUCAGAGCCAUACGAUCAAUACUCACACUUGACAGACACCGGUGAAGUCAGUGAUCAACUCAAAUAUUACACACAUAGUUUCGAGCAAAAAGUUCGAGAAACAGUUCGAGACGAGGAGUACAUGCUUAAAAACUUGUGGUAUGAUCCGGAAUAUGUCAUUCACGAUCUUUGUGAACCACAUAAAUCGGGUGGGCAAACGGGAGAGUUGAAAUGGUCAGAAUCAGGAGAUCGACUAUUAAAAGUGAUUGGAAACGGGGUUGUUGAAGACGGGUAUAAUAUGUUCAUGGCGCCGGGACAGUCACAAGGAAAACGAACUGAUGUACACGUGGCAGUGUACAUCGAAUCGAUGUCAUCGUUCAAAGCACAGUCUAUGGAUUUUGAAGUUGAUAUGUAUUUGGCGAUGGGUUGGUUUGAUAGACGGCUAGCACAUAAUUGUACGCAUCCAAUUUUGGUGACUAGUAAAUUAAUUGCUGAUCGAAUCUGGUACCCGGAUCUAUAUUUUGUAAACUCCAAAUAUGCAUACCUUCAAGAAGUGACCACUCCGAACUUAAUGGUCAUUGUCUAUCCAGACGGGCUCAUCUUCAAAACAAUGCGUCUCGACGUGACUCUCUCGUGUAUGAUGGACUUGAAAUUAUUCCCACUGGACUAUCAAGAGUGUCCGUUGACCAUUCAAAGUUUUGCUUAUAUUGAACAAAUUGUGAACCUUACGUGGCGUGAUGAUCCUCCAAACUUCCCAAUUGGAUUCAAUCCCGAUAUCAAAUUAAAUGACAUGCAAAUCACUAAUAAAAGAUUUGUAAAAUGCGCCGGACCGUACCCAAUGUUUCGAGGUGAAGCUGCUUGGAGCUGCAUCCAAGGAUAUAUUGUUAUGAAACGACUUGUACUAUUCCACAUAAUUCAAACAUACAUUCCCACAGGAAUGCUCGUCUCCAUUUCAUGGAUGUCAUUCUGGUUGGACCCGCGUGCCAGUCCAGCACGUAUCUCACUUACAAUCACCUCAUUACUCACUUUGACGACGAUGAGCAACGGAGCAAGACAGGAUUUGCCGCAGGUCUCCUAUAUCAAAGCAUUGGAUAUAUGGUUGACAUUCUCGCAAGCGUUGAUCUUUUUGGUAUUGUUGGAAUAUUCGUUUGUUUCGUAUUAUAUGACAAAAAGGACUACGGAUUGUUCACAUCGGAAUAUGUUCUAUGAGGAAAGAGUACAGGAAUGCAAAAGGGAGGAGAAGGCUCGAAAGUCGAUUGUUAAUAACAACAAGCCAGUAAUUGCGAAUAAUACCGAGGGAUCCGACCUGAAUCGGAAUAAAAAAUCUCAGCAAUUUUCUUUGACUCAUGGAAUAUCCGCAUGCCUUAAUGAAUCAUCUGCGCUGAUGUCAGUCACUCCGGUUCCUUCUCGAUUAUUCACCAAAUUUGACACCAACAAACCAUGUGCUCGAUGCUCGGAGAAAAACGAACGAAUAGCAUUUAAAAUUGACGAAUAUAGUCGAUGGUUGUUUCCAACAGUUUUUUCGCUAUUUUGUGUUUCCUACUGGCUCUACUUCACUUGGCGAUCAUCUGCUUCCGAAGGCUGACUGAGAAACUGUGUUAUGUGUAUCAACAGCAAUAAUUCCUCAAUGUUAUGUGUCUUUAUGAUAGAAGAACAAUUGAAAUAAAUAUAUUAAAUAUAACAUUUGAAA